GCCCUCCUUUUUCUCUUACGCGCCGACUGGGCUGCCCUGCGACGAGGCCAAGAUGGCGGCCGGCAAUUAUUACGGCUUCGCUGCCGGGCCCCAAUACAGUGCCCAGCAAGCUUCAGUUUACUCCCACCCUCCCACAGCAGCAAGCUACACAGUCCAGCAGGCUCCAGGCCUAGACCAUGCUGUGGCACCCACCUAUACCCUGGCAGUGCCAGCUGCAAGGCCAGUGACAUCAGCAGCCUAUGGGGGCUAUCAGCUCCCUUCAACACAAGACUACACUUACGGGGCACAGCAACUGGAGCCCAUCCCCCAGCCUCCUGUUGCUCAGAACUAUCAGCAGGACGGCUACAGUUACGGCCGAUCACCGACUGCCAGUGGCUACGAGGCCAAACCGUAUUACCAGGCAGUAGCCAUGCCGUCCCAGCAUGUGGCCAUGGAGUCAUACUACCACUCGAACCCUCAGAGUGGCUACAGCCAGUCAGCAGCAGCAUACAAUCAGAAUCAGCCCCAAAGGCAGGUGACACCCAUAAAGACAAUCCAGGUGGUGAGUGCCGCUUCAUCCAACUACAGCACCUACCAGUCAGCAACGACCAGCCUGCAGAAUGCCAUAGCACCUUCCUUCCAGUCAUAUACGCCGUCCUCUUCCUACACUUCUUCCUCCUACAACUCCUCUCCUGCCACCUACUCCGGAUCAAACUACACCAGCUAUGAUGCUACAGUAUACACAGCAACCAGCACUUCAUACUACCAGGCGACAGCACCACCAGCGCAUCCGCCACCCCCACAACCUCCACUGCUCCUGUCUCCCCAGCAGCAGCCGAAGUCUGGUGGGGGCUGCCCCUGGAGCAGCAGCACCACCAAUCCCAUCACAGUGGGUGGUGGCAGCAGCUACAGCAAGAAGCCUCCAUUUCCUAGCAAGUUGCUGAAGCCCAAAGGUCCCCCCAAACAGCCUCAGCUUCACUAUUGUGAGAUUUGCAAGAUCAGCUGUGCAGGACCUCAGACUUACCGGGAGCACUUGGAAGGCCAAAAGCACAAGAAGAAGGAGGCAGCCCUGAAGGUUGGGAGCCAGACAGGCGGGAGUGUCCCUCAUGGGGUCCAGACCCAGCUUCACUGCAAGCUCUGUGAUGUCUCGUGCACAGGAGCAGAUGCCUAUAUGGCCCAUAUCCGAGGAGCAAAGCACCAGAAGGUUCUCAAGCUGCACACCAAGCUGGGGAAGCCCAUCCCUUCCGUCGAGCCCGUGCUGGUCAGCACCGCCAACGGCUCUGCCAGCAAGCAAGUACUCCACGCUCCCACCUCUGCCAAGCCAGCUGUAGGGCCGGCAAACAGCAAUGUCGAGUUGGGCAAGGCAGUGCCUGCAAAGAAACCCCUCAUGGCAAAGUUUGCCCUCGCAGGAGCAAGCAAGCUUCUGGUGAUGAGCACAAAGCAGGAGACAGUGAAAGGGACACCACCUCGAGCAGUGGAAGAGGCUGCCCUCAACAGCACUGAGGAUCGUCUGGGUGACCUUCUGGACGUCCAACCUGUGGGGCAUGACUAUGUGGAAGAGGUCCUCAACGACCAAGGCAAGAUGGUGCGCUUCCGCUGCAGACUGUGUGAGUGCAGCUUCAAUGACCCCAAUGCCAAAGACAUGCACCUGAAGGGACGCCGGCACAGGCUACAAUACAAGAAGAAAGUCAACCCCGACUUCCCAGUUGAAAUCAAGCCCAGCAACCGAGCCCGGAAGAUGCACGAAGAGAAGCUGAAGAAGAAGCAUCUCCAGGCCCUGGCAAAGAGACAGCGAGAGGAAGAACAGCGCCGGCACCUGGAAGUGAGGCAUUAUGAAGAGGGAAUGUUCUGGCAGCGGAUAGAAGAGGAGCAGCUGUACAGGGAGGAGCAGUGGCGGCGGCACCAGGCAACGGACUGGCACCCUCCGCCUCUCAUGGGACGGCUGGGUGUGCCCAUCCCCCCACUCUUGCCUGCUCGGCGACUCAGCUCUUCUGAUGAUCGCCACAUCAUGUCCAAGCACUCCAGCAUCUACCCAACAGAGGAGGAGCUCCAGGCCAUUCAGAAAGUCGUGUCUCAUUCCGAGCAUGCCCUGAGGCUCAUCUCAGAUUGGCUGACGGAGCAGGGAACUGGGAAGGAGGAUGCACCUGAGGAGAGGGGGAAGAAGGAGGAUGUGCCCCGAAUCCUGAAAGGGGUCAUGCGUGUGGGCAUCCUGGCAAAGGGGUUGCUCCUCCGCGGGGACAGGAGCGUCCAGCUCAUCCUGCUGUCUGCCCAGAAGCCCACGCUGGCCCUCCUCCAGAGCAUUGCUGAAGAGCUGCCCAAACAGCUUGGGAAGGUGACGAGUGACGAAUACGAGAUCAUGUCCAACUUUGAAGAAGCAAACAUUGUGAUUGCUUCCUGCAGCAAGCCCAGGAUGCAAGUCACAGUCUCACUCACAUCCCCCCUUAUGAGGGAAGGGGCUCCCACAGACCCUGGAACGCCGUCAGAACCUGAGCUCAGCUCUUCCAAGAUGCUGAGCCAAGAAAAGUGCCUGGAGUCCCUGGCUGCUCUCCGCCACGCUAAAUGGUUCCAGGCCCGAGCCAACAGCUUGCAGUCAUGCGUGAUCAUCAUCCGGGUUUUGCGGGACCUUUGCCAGCGUGUGCCAACGUGGGGCGCCCUUCCAAACUGGGCUAUGGAGCUCCUGGUCGAAAGAGUUCUGAAUAGCUCUGUGGGACCACUGGGUCCUGGAGAGGCGCUGCGGCGAGUCCUCGAAUGCAUCGCGACUGGAAUGCUCCUGGCAGAUGGCCCCGGCCUGCAGGACCCCUGUGAGAAGGAGCCCAUAGAUGCCUUACGGAGCAUGGCCCAGCAGCAGCGGGAGGACGUCACGGCCAGCAGCCAGCAUGCUUUACGGAUGCUCGCUUUCCGUCAGAUCCACAAAGUGCUGGGCAUGGAGCCCUUACCAUUGCUGAAAACCCAGCCUGGUUCAUACAGCCGGAAACGACACUGGGACAUGGAGAAGGAGGCAGAGAGCAAGGUAGAGGGGAAGAAGGACAGGAAGGAGGAUGACCAAGACGAGGCUGGGGCCUGACCGUGGCUGCAGGAAUGACUGAGGAGGCAGCUCAGUGGGCUUUACUAUAUAUAUAUGUAUAUAUAAUACUAUAUAUAUAGUAUUAUAAAACACGUUGCUGUAAUCUAAAAA